AUGGCCGAGUCUGGUCUUGGUUGGAAGGUUUCAGACAAGUCUUUGCAACAGGGAGGUAGCUCGAUCAAGCUUCUGUCAGAGCCGUUCUUGUUGCCAUCUGAAGAGGUUCAAGGUGCCUACUGGAGCAGAGGUGCUCGUGGUUAUGAGAUCCGUGUACAGACGAAAAACAAGGGCGUUUUACAAUUGGAUGGGUUUGAUUCAGAUGACUUCAAUGGUCUGAAAUCGGCCCUGAAAAACUUGUUCAGUGUCAACUUAGAAGCCCGUGAACAUUCAUUACGAGGUUGGAAUUGGGGUAACAGUGAUUUCGAGCGUUCAGAAUUGGUUUUCAAUGUGGCCAAUCGACCUGCUUUUGAAUUGCCAUACUCUGAUGUUAGUAAUUCAAAUAUAAUCGGAAAGACUGAGGUGGCAGUGGAGUUCAAUCUCCAAGCUUCUGGUGAGAGAAUCAAAGGUGGUGAUGAAUUAGUAGAGAUCAGGUUCCAUGUUCCUGGUACUGUGACUAUUAAGAGUGAGGAUGAUGAUGAUGACAAGAAGAAAGAACAGAGGGAAAAGAAAGAGAAAGAACGUGAGAAGCGAAGGCAGGAACGAAAAGAACAGAAAGAGAAAGAACGGGCUAUCAAGAAAGAGAAUGGCGAAGAGGUUGAAGAAGAGGAAGAAUCAGAAUCCGAAUCUGACUCUGCUUCUGGAGAUGAAGAACAAAGUGCCGCUCAAGUAUUUUAUGAGAGUUUGAAAGACCGUGCUGAUAUUGGCCAAGUGGCUGGAGAAGCUAUUGUCUCGUUCGUUGAUAUUCUCUUCUUGACCCCUAGAGGUCGUUAUGAUAUUGACAUGUAUCCCACCUCCUUCCGUCUUAGAGGUAAGACUUACGACUAUAAGAUCCCAUACAAGAACAUUCAACGUCUAUUCUUGCUUCCUAAGCCAGAUGACACUCACAACAUAAUCGUCAUUCAACUGGAUCCACCACUUCGUCAGGGUCAGACAAGAUAUCCUUUCCUUGUUAUUCAGUUCCUCCGAGAAGAAGAAAUUGAGGUCGAGCUUAACCUCGAAGAGAAGGAAUUCCAAGAAAAGUAUGCUGACAAGCUCAAGAAAUCUUAUGAUGAAGCUGCCCACCAAGUGGUUGGUCAACUUUUCAAAGGUCUCAGUGGAUGUAAGGUUGUUUUCCCUGGAUCAUUUACCAGUUCGCAUGGUCAGGCUGCUGUCAGCUGCUCGCUUAAAGCUAGUGAGGGCUACCUGUACUGUCUUGAGAAGAGUUUCAUGUUUGUACCUAAACCAACUGUUUACAUUCCCAUGAGUGAGAUCUCGUUUAUUACCUUUUCCCGUGUAGGUGGAGCCGAUGGAGCUGGUUAUUCGUCGUCGCGGACUUUCGACAUGUCCAUCACCCUUAAGAACAAUGGUGGUGAGCACCAGUUUUCUAAUAUCGAUAGAGAGGAACAGCAGGGUCUGGAGCAUUUCAUCAAAUCGAAAUCCAUUAAGCUCAAGAACGAUGUCGCUUCCGAGCAAGUUCUGCUCAAGGCUGCUCUUCAAGACGAUGACUCUGAUUCUGAUGUCGAAAUGGCUGAUCGAGGUUCUGCUGACGAAGAUGAGGAAAGUGUUGAUGAGGACUUUGAGGCUGAAGAUGAGAGUGAUGUCGCCGAAGAGUUUGAUUCAAAUGCCGAGUCGUCGAGUGGCGAGGAAGACGAGGAUGCCAGUGGUGGUGAGUCCGAUAACGGUCCCGCUUUGAAAAAGGCUAGAACUUAG